AUGAGCGCGGCCCCGGGAGCCCCCCGCGCCCCCCAGCCGCUGCUCCGCUUCCCCGACGGGGCGGCCGGGCCGGGCGGCGGGCGAGCGGCGGCGGGGGGCGGCGGCGGCGGCGGAGCCCCGGGGCCGUGCCCCUGCCCGGGGGCGCCGCGGAAGCGCCGUCGGACCACGUUCAGCCGCGGGCAGCUGUCGGAGCUGGAGCGAGCCUUCGCCGCCGUGCCCUACCCGGACAUCGCCACCCGGGAGCGCCUGGCAGAGCUCACGCAGCUGCCCGAGGCGAAGAUCCAGGUGUGGUUCCAGAACCGCCGUGCCCGCAGGAUCCGCAGCACCAAACCGGAGCCGCCGUCGCCGCCCGGGGAGCAGGGACCCCCCGCGGCACCCCCCGCCCCGGGCCCAGCCUCCCCCCCGCCUCCGCCGGGAGCCCCCAGCCCCGCUCGGGGCCUCCCCACCUCCCUGGGUUCCAUCUCUGACCUCAUCUACAGCGCAGCCAUCACCAACCUGGGUGAGCCAUAGCCAUGGCCAGGACCCCCAGCCUCCCAGCACCAGUGAACCCCCCCCUUGUCACCAAGCCCCCCAGGCUUAGCAGCACCAUUUCAUUCGGGUGUGGAAUUGCUGCCAAGCCCCUGGGUCCUCAGGCUGCCAUCCAAUAUCCUAAAUGCAGGUGUGUCCGUGGCGGGGGCAGCUCCCCCUCAGCCCCCCUAAUACCGACUAAUCUUUGGGAUCAGAUACCUUAAUCUGAGGCCGUGUCCACGGGGGAUUGCGGCGCAGCCGCCCCUAAUCCGCGGCCACGCUCCGAGGUGCCGCCACAUCUCCCCGUAUUGGAUAUUAAAGCGUGUUUGCAGAGGGGCUUAACUGCCAUCAGAGCAUUAAUCACCGUGUCCAGCCCUGGCAGGGUGCCCACUCGGCAGGUGUCCGGGCCCACAGGCCCCAGCGGUGCCAGGCUGUGCCCACUCCCCACCGCAGCUGCGCCGAGCUGGUGCCAGUCUCUGCUUCACA